AUGACAAAGGAGUAUCAAGAUCUUCAGCAUCUGGACAACGAGGAGAAUGACUAUCGUGUCAGACAAGGACCGCCUCCUAGCCGCAGACCACUGUUUCAGCGGCUCUGCUCUGGACCCCGCCUCCUCCUGCUCUCCCUGGGCCUCAGCCUCCUGCUGUUGGUGGUUGUCUGUGUGAUCGGAUCCCAGAACUCCAAGCUGCAGGAGGAGCUGCAGGCUCUGAGAGAGACCUUCAGCAACUUCACAGUGAGCACAGAGGCUGAGGUCAAGGACCUGCGCACCCAGGGAGGAGGUGUGGGCAGAAAGAUGAAGUCCCUGGAGUCCCAACUUGAGAAACAGCAGCAGGACCUGAGUGAAGAUCACUCCAGCUUGCUGCUCCAUGUGAAGACCUUUGUGUCUGACAUACGAAGCCUGAGCUGUCAGCUGGCCAUCCUCCAAGGCAAUGGCUCGGAAAAGGACUGCUGCCCGGUUAACUGGGUGGAGCACGAAGGCAGCUGCUAUUGGUUCUCUCGCACGGCCAAGUCCUGGCCCGAGGCUGAGAAGUACUGCCAGCUGGAGAACAGCCACCUGGUGGUGGUCAGCUCUUGGGAGAAGCAGAAAUUUGUCCAGCACCACAUGGGCCCUGUGAACACCUGGAUGGGCCUCACUGACCAAAAUGGGCCCUGGAGAUGGGUAGAUGGGACAGACUAUGAGACGGGCUUCAAGAAUUGGAGACCAGAGCAGCCUGAUAACUGGUUCGGGCAUGGGCUUGGCGGAGGCGAGGACUGUGCCCACUUCACAAAUGAUGGCCGCUGGAAUGAUGACGUCUGCCAGAGACCCUACCGCUGGGUCUGCGAGACAAGGCUGAAGAAGGCCAGCCAGGAGCCUCCUCUCCCCUAAGUUAUUUCCUCAAUGCCUUCACCUGUGGACGGGCCCUCGUUUGGGGAUCCUCCUAUCUGGGGGCCUCCUGCAUUUUCUCCGGGGUUUUCACCUAGGAUUUUAAGGGAAGGGGAGAGAACGGUGUCUGAGGAAUGUGGAGUGAUGUUCUGAGAGGCGGGGAGACUGAAAGCUAUGUCACUCUCUGCAGUUUGCAGGUUAUUAUUGCCAACU